CCGUUCUCUAUCCUGAUCUCUUCUGCUCCCUGUUACCUAGGAGUCUAGAAGCCUCUUUCAUUCGGAUCCUUUCCUCUUCAACGCUUGCCGUCUUUGAUUCGUCCCUCUCACUUUUGAAAACAUGGCUCCUGAACUCGUCCCUACCGUAGUUAAAUCCGGUGGUUUCACCGGCCCGGCCACGCUGCCGAGUCGCGCCUAUGUCACAUUUCUUGCGGGGAAUGGAGACUACGUCAAAGGCGUUGUGGGUCUGGCGAAGGGUCUGAGAAAGGUGAGGUCGGCGUAUCCCUUGGUGGUGGCCGUCCUCCCCGACGUACCGGAGGAGCACCGUCGGAUCUUGGAGUCUCAGGGCUGCAUCGUCCGGGAGAUCGAACCCGUUUAUCCCCCCGAGAACCAGACUCAAUUUGCCAUGGCCUAUUACGUUAUCAACUACUCUAAGCUCCGCAUCUGGGAGUUCGUGGAAUAUAGCAAGAUGAUAUAUUUGGACGGAGAUAUUCAAGUGUACGACAACAUCGACCAUCUAUUCGAUCUGCCGGGCGGACACUUCUACGCAGUCAUGGACUGCUUCUGCGAGAAGACUUGGAGCCACACCCCGCAGUACAAGAUCGGGUACUGCCAGCAAUGUCCUGACAAGGUACAGUGGCCUGCUGAGAUGGGUGAACCACCUGCUCUGUACUUUAACGCCGGCAUGUUCGUGUUCGAGCCCGGCAUGGUGACAUAUUACGAUCUCUUGAAAACACUCCAAAUCACUCCUCCCACACCUUUUGCGGAGCAAGAUUUCUUAAACUUGUACUUUAAGCCCAUUUACAAACCUAUUCCCUUGGUCUACAACCUCGUCCUCGCAAUGUUGUGGCGCCACCCUGAGAAUGUGGAACUUGACGAAGUCAAAGUUGUUCAUUACUGCGCUGCAGGGUCGAAGCCGUGGCGAUAUACAGGGAAGGAAGAGAACAUGGAUAGAGAGGACAUAAAGAUGCUGGUUAAGAAAUGGUGGGACAUAUACAACGACGAAUCCUUGGAUUACGAUAAGGGCAGAAGUGGAGUCCAAGGUGAUGCUGAAUCAGUGAAGAGGGAAUCAUUGAUGGCAGCAAUGUCGGAGGCUGGUCAACUCAAGUACAUAACAGCCCCUUCUGCCGCUUAAUAUAACUCCCGCCACGAUGGCCGGACUCUACCCACAGAAUGGAACCCAGAUGGAGCGUUGGUGUUUCAACGAGAUUGGUUCCUUUGAUUUCUUGUAAAGGUCGGGGAGGUGGUUUUUAAUUUUCCAUAUUGGGUUGGGAUUUUGUUUUUUACGCUUAGGUUAAGCCGUGCCUGUUCAAGUGUUGGGGCUUGGCGCUUCUCGGCAGGGGGAUCGCUUUUGCUCUGGUCCUUUUUAGAAUUUGCACGCCCGCGUAUAUUUGUCUUCGCCUAUAGGAUGUGUCAACGUCAAUAUUUGUAAAAUUUGCUACGUAAGUAAUGUUUAUGAAGUGAAAUGUAUUUCACGAUGCAAGGAAUUGUACUAUUUUCUAUGUCCGCUGGCCAAUUG